GAAAUUACGUCCGCAUUCACUCAACCGAUUUGCCCCCUGUUGGAUUGGACACCCUCGCAGCACAGCCGCGCCGCACGCAAUGGCGACCACCAUUAUAGCAAAGGAGGCGACGCCCGCGGCAGUGGCGGCGGUUCAGGAGCACUUCAGCGGAGCGGUGGAGGAGGCGGAGUUUAUCGACACAGUCGCGGAAAAACUGCGCGAGCACGGCUUUAAUAGGGACAACAGCAUCGCGUUGGUGAGCACGUGUCGCGACGAGGCGUCGCGGUUCUUCGACGCGCUGAUCGACAAGCACUUCGGGCUCGUCUUCUCGCUCGCCGGACUCGCCGGCGUGCCGCCCGGUGGCGUCCUCGCCGUGAAGGCCGGCACGUCGCACAGCCCGCAGGACGAGAACGGCCGCGAGCGAUAUGUGUUUUUCGGAUUCACGCACAUCGGCGUGGACGAGCGAGGCACCGUGGGCAAGAUGCGGCGCGGCGGGCGCGCGAAUGUGUCGGGCGCGUGCGGCGCGCUGGCGGCUCUGACGGCGCAGUUCAGCAGCGGGAAGACGCUGGGGGAGGCGGACGAGGAGGAUAUGGAAGUGCACCUGCUCACGAAGAAACUGCUCGCCAAGGACCCCGAGCCCAACCUGGUGGCAGUGACCAAAGCCGCAGUAGAGGUAAUCAACGAGACCCUUGAGAAGCUCAUCGCCACCGCCGUGGACCCGUCCAAGGCGGACUACGCUGUGGUGACAGGCGUGCAGAUCCACUCCAACUGCCACCAGGGGGAGGUCGAGGCGGAGGCGGGUGGCCCGUUUCAGCUGAGUGAGACGGUGGAGUACAUCGCGCCGUCGCUGGGGUACGUGGUGGUGCAGGGGGAGAGGACGCCGCUGCGCCUCAACAAGGAGGGCUGGAUGAGCUUUUUCUGGGGCUAGAGGACCAUGCCGCGUGUGCGGUGUGCUGUGGGCGUGGGAGUGUGGGAGGUGGUAGGGGGUGGGGGAGGGGAGGAGAGGAGCUUGUGCAGUGUGCGCAGCUUCAGGUGAAUGACAGUGUGGUGGAGUGGAGUGCGUUGUGCUGCAAGCAGCCUGUCGCUGGGGUAUGUGGUGGAGUGCAGGGGGGCAGGACGCCUCUGCCCUCAAAAGGGCAGGCUGGAUGAGCAUCUUCUGGGGCUGAGUGCCUCUGGGGACCUGGGAGGGGUGGGAAGGGAGACAUGGAGCUUGCCAAAGCUGGGACUGUGCAGUGCGCUGUGCAUGGGAGUUAUCUCUGUGUAGUAUUAAUUUAUGGGCCAGUCCUAGCGUAGUGUAGAGUUUCAUCACACGGUACGGUACAAGAAUCUUAUGCCACUUGUUAUGAAUGGGACUGCCGAGUAGCGCGGAGGGCAAUGGCGAAACUGUGAACGAGUGAAUGACGAUAAAAUGAAAGACAACAC